AUGAACUUUGUCAAGAUUUUGUGGAUUGGAAUUUCGUACCUCGUGGCUAUCUGGACUAUCUGUGUGGCAGUGCCGCUUCUAAGUCAUGAAGGUUUGUGGUACUGUUCUGUCAGAUUUGACCUGUUUACAAGGAACGUUGCCUCCGCCUCAGCGAUGAAUCACGCUUAUUCAAUUCAGAGACGCGUUUGAUGUCAACAAGUUUUUGAUUCGAUUCAUUGCAAAGGGCAGGGCUAGACUUAAAUUUGUUAACUUCAUGCUUAAUUAGCCUCUAGGCAGUAGCUAGCUAUGAAUCUGUAUGGCAUGUCAAAGAGAUUUAAAUUAGUGAUUGAAAGAAGCGAUUACUCGAUCCUGUUCUAAACGUCGUUUCACAUUAAGGUCCAGCUUAAAGAUAAAUAUAGAAAAGCAUUCUGUCCCAUGCAAGUGUUGCAUAAAAAACCAGAGUUUUCAAAAGACGGUGUGUCUGAUUCAUCCAAAACCUCUUCCUGUAUCUCUUUCCGUACGACUUUUUGUACUAAAUUGUCUACUAAAGAUCACAGCAAGGCAUCCAUGAGUCACGCGUCCCUCUGCAAAAGUCAAUUCCCCUCUAGAUGCUUGACUUAGUUAUAGCACAGCUUUAAUGACUCCUAUAUAACUACAAAAUUUUAUUCUCAUGUCGACAACUAAUGUAUAUACAAUUGAUUAUAGUUAAAAAGCAUUCGAUUGUCUGUAUCUAACUUUCCAGUGCAAUGUGCUCUGUUCCUACCGAUUUCGUUGGACUAAAUCGAUCAAAAUGCAUGCUGUAUUCUGUAGAUGCUGUCGUGGUAACAUAAAUUGAGCAAAAUCGUACCUAAUCGUAUAGAAAACGAAGUUUUGUCUGAAUUUUUGUUAACCAAUAGGUUGUUUUAAUUUGCUUUCUUUACUUCUGAAAAAAGUCUGUCAAAAAUCCCCAGGGAUAGCCACCUGCAUUGAAGCAGUUAGCAGUCUGAAUAUUUUUGCACCAUAUACCAGUAUACCGUUUAUGGAUACAUUUAUUUUUUCAAAUGUAUCAAUGAAAGUAUCAAAUAUGAAAAAAAAAGUUUUCACAUUGUAUAGUAUACCGUGAGAAAUGUUUUUUAAACUUGAAGUUACAUUAAAUUAACUAGACAGCUUGUGUCAUAUCACAGGGCCGAUUCAAGAGCGGAUUUACCCCCCAUGUGCUAGUUAUUUAACUUCUUUUCGAGACAUAAUUCACUUUUGACUAGAAAUCCUUUUUCGUUGGUGUGCAAAGUUUCUGAGUUUUAUAGUAAUGUUUUGGUUACAUGUAUAUUCAUCUACAGAUGAUGACUUUGGAACAAUUCCCCUUAUCAGGCCUCAAGGCGUGCUAAAUCCAAAGCUGAAGACAGAGGUGCGGCGAUUAAUGGUGGGUUGGUUAUAAUUACUACUGAUAUAAACAUUGUUAGUCAAACUUUGUCACCACUACAUUUUUCAUUUUGUUCCUUUGCAUGGGACUCUAAAGCCACCAGCCGCCGAGUAUGAUGGAAUCCAAACUCCUCUGCAUUAAACUUUCAGGGCUAUUGUAAUUACUAAAAGUUAUGAAAACACACCACCACAGAGAAAGUGUUUUGUCAUCUAACAAAUCAUGUAACCAUAACCCCUUUCUUUUUUAAAAACUUACGAUCAACGUUCAAAAAGAUGAAAUAAGAGAAAUUAAUUUAGCUUAAAUAUGUCACUGCCCCUGGCUGUGAUCCUGAAGCAGAAAGAUCUCUUUAUUUGUUUAUUGAUUAAAUACUUGCUUUUCUUUGGGCUGACAUAUACGAUCCCAUCUUGUUUCAAAGAUUACUGUGCAGAAGCGUCAACAAUAGAACACCUGUUCUAGAGAAAAGAGAAGAAAGCCGAGGUAAAUUGCCUCUUAGGUUUUGCUAUAUAAUUUAGUAGCCGCCUCUGAAGCAAAACAACAUGGUGUGGGUAAAGUACUUCAGUAGCGAGAGAAUAUAUUUUAUAGAUUGUUAAAUAUCUCAUAUCUCUUAGAGUUUUUAUUUAUUUUUGAAGCAACUGCCAUCGCAAGACACUUUGAACAGGAUAUAUUAAACACGAAACGAAUUUAAAUUUGUUUAAAGCGCAAAAAAUAUUUAAACUGAUGAAAUCAAGAAACGGUAAAACGGACAACAAACGUUUGCUCAAAUAGACGUCAGGAAGUCCCAUCUUCAGGUAUCUCACAGGAAUCAAUACUGGGUCUCCUCAUCUUUACAUACCUUAUUAUAGGAAAUUAACGCUCCAUGAAAUUAAGGUAUUGGAAAUUAAGGCGACUUAAAUUAACGCGAAUUUAAUGGAAAACGACUUUCGAAUAAAGAAAAUUAACGCGAAAGAGGAGGUAGAAUUUCAUAAUGACGAAAUUAACGCGAUUAAGACACAGUUGGUGGUGACAACUGGAACAAAUUUAUUUCAACACUGGAUGCAAAAAAAUUCAAAACUGAACAAAACUGUUCUGACAGCGACAACGAUGAAGAUGAACUCGAAAUAUUGUAAACCUUCGCCUUAGCUUUUGUGAAAGAUGAGAAAUAAAGGGUUAAUUGAAAGAAAGAAAGCUUGUAGUUAAUGUUUUUUAGGUGUCAAGAAUGUCUGGACAGGUUCCAAAAUUAAGGUUAAAAUACUGGAUAUUAAGAGCGCGGAAAUUAACGCUGCACUUAAUUAACGUCGCGGAAAUUAACGCUCAACAAAAUUAACGCGACUUAAAUUAACGCGAAUUUUAACGAUUCGCGUUAAUUUCAUGGAGCGUUAAUUUCCUAUAAUAAGAUAGACGUGGCAGACCAGUAAGAGAUCCCCAAUGUCCGUGUCACAAAUCUGCAAUGAAUACAGCCUUCUUUCUGGAUCGAUUCUCUUAAGGGUGUAACUUGGAUGAUUGUGCUUCGGAGUUCUCCCCUUGUGGGCUAUUUGGCUGAUUACAAUUAUACUCUUAACGCGUCGAAGCCUAAGUGGAUGUUAUUAUCUACAAAGCAUAUGUCUCGAUUGCAUAGUUUGGAAUACAUCCCAUAAAAGAGUGUUUUUGAGUUAUUCUGCAAAACAAGUUGUACGGUUUUUUUCCUGUUUUAUUUUUACGCCGAUACAAUGUUUACAAGACUUUAAGGAGAGUCUGGACCCUCUUGACUGCCCUGGCAAAAGCCCUCUGCUAAAACGCUGAGUACGGCUUCCAGCGACGGUAAUUUUGCUUGAUAUUUUGUGUGGAAGAAUAAUAACAACAAAAAAAACAUAAAAGAAAUGUUAAUGCAUCUGAAAGCUUUUUACUUUUCCUUUUGAACAGUGUUACAAUGGAAAUCUGACAAGCUCACACAGUGGCUAA